GAAAAACGUAUAAACGUAUUACCUGGAAACAUGUUGAACUUUCGUGGAGUAUUUUGAGCAAAACAGGAUUUGUUUGGUCAUAAUAUGCUUCGCUGCUCACGACAGAUUUAUUGACCUUUGUGGCUCCUCCAGCUGUGUUUUGGAUGCCUAUAAAAAGGGGGACGGACACCUCUGCAUCCCACACUUGCGGUCAGGUCAGUCUACAGGAAGCAACCAUGUGUUUGAACACGGGCUCCCCGUGCAACUGUCUGGCCGACGGGAGCCCUUGCGAACCCUGCGGGAUGAACAAAAACGGGGAAGGUCGGGGUCACGCCUCCCCGCACGGCGCCGCGGCGGAGAACACGGGCGAGCCUGACCACCCGAUUGAAAAAACAAGUUCUUCGAGUAAGGAAAGGGACAGAAACUGGGGAUGGAUUCUGUCCGGGGUCAUCUUUAUCAACGUCCUGAUGUUGGGUAUCGCGCUGGUGAGCGGAAGCGCUUACGAGCACGUCGACAUCAGCAUGUCUGACCUCCAGGUUUUCCUCGUUAUCGUCCUCAUCCUCACCAGCAUCUGGAUGAUCUACUAUAUCAUCUUCACGGCCAGGAUUGAAAACGCCGUGGCGUACAGGGACCAACACGCCGGGCCCGUGUGGCUCAGGGGAGGAAUGGUGCUGUUUGGACUCCUCAGUAUCAUUAUGGACUUUUUCAAGAUCGCGAGCUAUGUCGGCUACCUCCACUGCGAGUCGGCCAUCAAGAUUGUUUUUCCCGUGAUCCAACUUGUUUUCAUUGUUGUGCAGACGUAUUUCAUGUGGGUCCAUGCAAAGGACUGCGUACAGCUCCAAAGGAACCUUACACGAACAGGCCACCCCGGUGGCGACCACGGCGACGACCACGGCGACGACCACGGCGGCGAUCACGGCAACAACACGCAUGAAUCCAACGACCACCAUGACAACAGCUCCCAUAAGCUCUGGGGACGGAACCUGUACAUCAGCAAAGCGAGUUACGGAGAGGACGAAUGCGAGUGCAGCCACACAUCCUGCGGCCUGUUCAAAGACGCCUAUUUCUACCUGUACCCCUUCAACAUCGAGUACAGCCUCUUCGCCUCCGCCAUGGCCUACGUCAUGUGGAAAAACGUCGGCCGACUGGGCGAGGCCCACGACCCGCACGGCCACAGCCACGCCCACAAGUUCCACCUCAGAGACGCGCUCAUUGGGCCCCUGGUUGGAAUCCUUCUGGUAUUCGCGGGUCUGGCCACCUUCAUCGUGUACGAGAUGGACAUGAAGGAGGACAAAGAAGAUGACCACAGCAAGAGAGAUCAAGCGCUGCUGAUUCACUUCAUCAUUAACAUUGUUAUCAUAAGUCUGAUGCUGGUGGCCACCUUGGUCGGCGCGACCAUCUACAAGCUGGACCGCCGGGAGCACGACUCGGAGAAGAACCCCACGCGGAGCUUGGACGUGGGCCUGCUCGUGGGAACCUCCAUGGGGCAGUUCAUCAUCAGCUACUUCACUAUAGUCGCCAUGGUGGCAUCUGGAGCCCAGGGCCACCUGAACAGGCUCAACCUGACCUGGGCUAUACUGAUGGUGAUCCAGAUCGGGCUGCAGAACUUCUUCAUCGUCGAAGGUCUCCACCGCGAGCCUUUCCACGAGGAACACCAUGAGACCAUAACCUCGGUGACCAACAUCUAUGCCGUGCAGCACUACAGCAAAGAGAUGAACCAUCUGGAAGGAUCGGAAAUAAGAAUUAAGCCCGAGCUGGAGCUGCCGGCGAUGACCCCGUACGGCCACACGGUACACUACCCACAUAAACUGACGUGGAAGAGGAGGGUCCUGAAGGAAGUUUCCGUCUUUUUGCUGUUGGCCAAUAUUAUUCUUUGGAUCAUGCCGGCAUUUGGCGCUCGCCCCCAGUUCGACCACCCUGCCGAAACCGAAUUCUACGACUUCAGCAUCUGGGCCGCCAUCGUGAACGUCGGAUUGCCUUUCGCCAUCUUUUACCGCAUGCACUCAGUGGCCGCGCUCUUGGAAGUGUUCGUCAACUCUUAAGUGGACAACUUCGGUGGCAAACAAUUGUUCAUUCUCUUUUUCAAUCAUACCAUUAGACAAACAAAAACAAAUGAUUACAAAUACAGCUCUCAAGAUACACUCACUGUACUUGCUGGCGCCGGUCCCGUCUUGGGAAAAUUGUGAGUGUGUUACUUAUGUUCAGUCUGAUCCGAGAUUUUCUUUGGGUGGCCAGAAAGUCGCCCUUCACAGAGAUACAAUUCUGGAAAAGAAAGCAAGAGUUCAGUGUGUUUUUGACAAGUUGGGCAGGAUUCAUUGAUUCAAUUAAAACUUCAUUAUAUAUGAAUGAAGUAUCUUUUUUUUCAGUCAUUUUAUGCAGCCCGGUAACAGUCUGCGGCCUGGUGGUUGGGGAUCUGAUCUAUAUCACUUAUCCUAUUUAAGAUGACAGGGAAGCCAGAGUGGAUCCUAGCUGACUUUGGCCGAGAAGGGGAAAAAGGUUGUUAUUCCUUGGACUAAUCACCAGUUAAUCACGACACAUAAGAUCGACAAGCAGUCACACUCACACAAUUCAGUGUUCACUCGACCUUACAUAAUGGAAAAAAGACACAUCAAGCACAGGAGAAACAUGCGCACACCUUGUUUCUGUGCACUUUUAGGCUGACGUGCUCACCAUGCGUGCAUUUUUGUACAAUAAAUGUGAAAAUUUUGUUGAUUUGUUUUUCUGAAGACACUUUAAUAAUUUGUUGAAGUUUCAACUGAUGUUAUUGCUAUUGAUGUUUUUUAUUAAAUGUUAAACUAUUUCUUUUACCCCGUCAAUGUAUAUGUGUAAGUGUAAUGUAUAGAUGCCGGAUGAGUGAAAAUAAAUUAAUUGCAUUGUUUAUAGGCUUCAGUCUGUGUAUGCAAAAAAUAAAGACAAAAAAACUAAAUAAAAAGGGUUUUGAGGUGGUGGUGA